CACCAACAGAUGGUGUUUUAUUUCAUUUCUCUCAAACACCAUAGGACAGAGUUGAUCUAAACCAAAGUCUUCUCUGUCGUCUUCUAAGUUUUUCCUUCUGUCCUGUGAGUAGCUGGAACUUGCAUUGGCAUGGUGAAGCUAAUGGGUGAAGUUUCCACGUUUCCUUUGUUCAUUGCUGCUUACCUGUGUGACAGGUUCUUAUUCUCCCCUAUCUGUUGCCCUUGCUUGUACUGAGCAAUAAAAAAGGUCUUAUGCUGUUGACAAAAAUUCAGAAUUUGCCAAUAUUUGCCAAGUUUUCCUUCAGGCUGUUUACUCAGUAUUUGUUAAAUAAGAGAGAGGGGUAAUGGUUAUUUCAGGAAACAGCCUUCAAUCUCUUUGCAAAGGUACUGCAGUUCUGCUAUGGAAAUGAUGAUCCCAUUUGCCCCAGUGCAUGCUCAUUACCUUAUUAGCAGAUGUCACUCACCGAGAUGGUCCUUUUAUUUCAGGUUUGGUGUUAUGAAACAAUGCACUUUAAGCUAAUCACUGUUGGAAAGGAACAGCUUGCUUCACAGUCAAUGACUUUGAUGCCUUGGGUUAUUCGUGUACAGAUCUGCCUCUGUCUUGCCUUGACUGACAAGGCUCUUUCUAUAAAUCUCUGCAAUUAAGCAGCCCCAUAGCAGCUGCUAAGGAGAUCUAAUCAGCACAAACCUGACAAAAUUUGCUGUGCAGAUCUCUUGCUGCUCACUCUGACAUCCUGAAACACCAUCUGCAAUUUAAAGCUGCAGAAGGAGAUCUGACUCCAACAAGUUGGCAUGAAACUCCCCUGUGUGACCCUUGGUGCUCUUCUCCUCCUGCUGCCUGCCGGCCAUGGGGGCACAGAGACUUCUGCCAUUGACCUGCGCACCUUCAUUGGCUGUGCUGUGCGUGAGUUCACCUUCCUGGCCAAGAAGCCUGGCUGCAAGGUGCUGCGGAUCACAACGGAUGCGUGCUGGGGACGCUGCGAGACCUGGGAGAUGCCACUACUGAAGCCACCUUACAUUGAAUCUUACCACCGCGUCUGCACCUACAAUGAGACCAAGCUGGUGACAGUCAUGCUGCCCAAGUGUGCCCCUGGCGUGGAUCCUUUCUACACCUACCCAGUUGCCAUACGCUGCAACUGCGACUUCUGCUCUACAUCCACCACUGAGUGUGAAACUGCCUGAGCUCUCCUUCCCCAGGUCAAGUUCCUCCCUGGCUCUACACCACUGUUGUCUCACAGAGGUUGUGGGUCAGCCCAGAAUUUGGUCUCUCCAUCCAAUGCUCCUAAUCAUUGUCUUUUCUGGCAGAUGAGGUUUAGUUCCUUCUUCCCUUUCUGUAGAAAUGUAGAACGCAGCCUUACAGUAGCAAAUCCUAUGGAAGAAAAGUUGAUGCUCUUUCCCUUCCUUCCAGGCUUUACACAGUGUGGGACCUUUCUUUGUGCACCAAGUGCACAUGGACUGAAUAGAUAGAGGGGUUGGAAACAGGCCAUAAAGGCAUUACAGCCGGUAGAACAGCCUUUAUUCAUUUUCAGUGCGUGUUUCAGUGAUUUGCUUAAUUGGAGCACUUCUGCUGAAAAAAAAUCUUGCCUUACAGGAGAUGACUUCUUAAAAAAACAGAAAGAAACACAUUAAAUGUGUAAUGUUUUUGUCCAGGUUUGCCCAGAAUUGGCUUUGUAUAAAACCAGAGAGGCUCUAUGCAACCCAAAAGGCCUCUCUUGACAAUUUCCAGAGUUAGAGGGACCAAGCCAAAAUGCAGUGCUUGUGGUUCAGUUUCAGCAAGCCUUGGCCAAGGUGAUGGGAAAGAGGGGGCUAUGAGGGGUGUUCUCACACUUCCCUGCACUGCUCAGCUGCACAGGGACUUGCUUCUCAGGAAGGAGAUGCACAGAGGGCAGCCAGAAGUGCUCACGGGAGGGCUGAGGAGUUGUCUUAUAGCAAAUAAUGCAGCCAGUAUGAGUGAGACAGGCCCAGGGCAGGGAAGGCAGCAGAUAUGCCAAAGGUUGAUCUGCACCUCUUCACAACAACUGUUUAUAGACCGGGGGAUGCAUAGGAGCUGCAUCAGCAUCCCCACUCUGGUGAACACAGCUGUGUAAGUGCCUUAGUCCUCCAGCUCCCACCUGGAGGAGGACAGAUCCACAUUCAGCCCUCAGUUCUCCCCCCUGAACAAAAUAGGAAAUGAUGAGAAAGCAUCAAAAUUUGGCCAAGUGCAAGAGGCUCCCAGGAGCUUACAAACAAAGACAACUCAGAUAGUCAUUAGCAGAGAAGUGCUGCUGAGAGAAUGUCAGCACCUGCCUUCCCCUCUGAUUAAGUGUCUUCUGGAUGCAGCUCCUCCAUUCCCACAGUUACGUGCCUGAAACUUCCCCAAGUGUCCAAUCCUCCCUGAGACGGAUCUUUUUGUUUUCAAUUUGAACUGCCAUGUAUUAGUUGCUGUCAUGUUUUGUCGGUGGAAUUGUGAAAGCUGCCCUGUGGCUGAGUAGAAAAGAGGACAUUUUAUCAUCUGCCUGAAUUCCGUGUCAAACAGCAGCAGAAGUUUUCUGGUGAUGCUGAGUUUAACUGCCUAAAGAAGGUCCUUCUGUUUUCUUUCAAAUUACAGCUCACGGUCUCUCUAAUCUUGUUACUGUUCUAAGCAGCAUCACAACUACUAUGGGAAACCUACGAAUCAUUUUAUGUCCUUAAUAAAACCCCCAAAUUGUAUUAUGGAUGCAAUUUAAAUCAAUGUGUCCUUCUUCAUUUAUUCAUAAAGCUUUCUCACACAAAAUAUAUGUAAGCUCCUACCAAACUCUUUGCCAGAACUGUGAACACCUGCAAAACAUCUCCUCGAUCCUAAUGCAAAGUCAUUUCCUUUGCUGGAUUUCUCUCACAGAGUCUGGCUGUGCUGUAAUCUUGGGAUUAGAAAUGGGAUUCCAAAGUGGCAACUUCCUUCCAUUGCAACCAGCGG